GAUGACUACAGCGUACAGCCUGUUGCUCUCAGUGGCUUUGACAAGCUUGACACUGACUAGUACAUUUGGAGCUGAUAUCAUCAAUGGCAAAAAAGCCAAGAAGAGCUCCAUGCUUUACAUGGCAUCAGUUCAGAUUGAAGGACAACACAGAUGUGGAGGAUUCCUGAUCGACCCGAGCUACGUGCUCACGGCCGCACACUGCGAUAAAAGAGGCAACAUGACUGUGGUCCUGGGCACCCACAACAUCAGUCCACAAGGGGCGAAUCUGAGAAGAUAUACAGUGCAAAAUAAACAUAAGCACCCAUCUUUCAAAAACGUGAAAGCUGGCAAUGACAUCAUGCUUCUGAAGCUGUCCAAGAAGCUGAAAGCCAAAGGUGUGAAAAUCAUCAAAAUCCCGAGCAAUGACAAACCACUGAAGCCUAAAUCCAAGUGUCAGGUUGCUGGAUGGGGUAAAACCGAACAGCAUAAUGUGGUGAACGAUCUGCUGGUCACAGACGUGUUGACCAUCAACUUCACAAUCUGCAAGACGAUGUGGGAAAAAGUGCAAGUAAAACUCCCAGAAAACACUCUGUGCGCUGGAGGCUCCAAGACUAAAAGUGGCGCUUGCCAGGGCGAUUUGGGUGGACCGCUAGUGUGCAGUGGGAAAGCGGUGGGCAUCGUCUCUUUGGAUCGCUGCGACUACCCAAAUGUUCCCAAUAUUUACACUCAAAUUUCAAAAUACACAGUCUGGAUCAAGAAGGUGAUCAAUGGAGGUGCCUGAUGCCUUUAACACUGAAUUGUAUUGUUGUGCAGGGUGGUGUUGUGUUGUCAGAGGUCAUUCAGUAUCAUUUUGCUGUUUCUUAGAUGGUCACAAAGAUCUUGUUGGUGCAUGAGGCAUGUUUGCUUCAGAACGUGCAUUUGCUGCCACAUUACUUACUCUACAGGAAAGUUCUCAUCAUUCGUUGUAUUUCCUUAGGUUUAAACAGAUCUCUGCUCGACUAUGUCAUAAUGCACACACA